AUGAGGAACAAGAGCUGUGUGACCACAUUCAUGAUGAUGGGCCUCUCCGAGCAACCUAAGAUGAAGUUUCUGCUCUUCAUCCUUUUCCUUGGUAUUUAUACCAUUGCCUUAAUUGGAAACAUUGCAAUUAUUGCUGCCAUCCUUUCAUAUCCCAAACUACACAGGCCCAUGUACUUCUUCCUCUUCCAUCUGGCUGUCGUGGACAUUGUGUGCACUUCCACCAUCAUUCCUAAGAUGCUGAGGAACAUUGCAACUUUCAGCUUGGGCAUCUCCUACUCUGGCUGCAUAGCACAGCUCUAUUCCUUCACAUGGUGUCUAGGAGCUGAGAUGGUGCUGUUUACCAUCAUGGCUUAUGAUCGGUAUGUAGCUAUAUGCCACCCUUUGCAUUACACCAUCAUGAUGAGCAAGAAGGUAUGUGUGGCUCUCUCUACAGUGGUGAUCCUCAUAGCCAUUAGUAACUCAUGGGUUCACACUGGCCUGAUAUUGGGGCUCACCUUUUGUGGACCAAAUGGUAUCAAUCACUUCUUCUGUGAGAUCCCUCCACUUCUGGCUCUCUCCUGCAGCCCGGUAAGAAUCAAUGAAGUUUGGGUCUUCAUAGCAGACAUCUUCCUAGCUAUGGGAAACUUCUUACUAACUUGCUUAUCUUACUGCUUCAUUGUUAGGACAAUCCUUAAGAUCAAGACCACUGAAGGGAAGAAAAAGGCCUUCUCCACCUGUUUGUCACACCUUAUUGUUGUGUCCUUAUAUUACUCCACAGUCAUCUAUACUUACAUACGUCCAGCUUCCAGCUACUCCUUUGAGAGGGACAAAGUAGUUGCUGCCCUAUACACACUUAUCACACCCACUCUGAAUCCUAUAGUUUACAGUCUAAGAAACAAAGAUGUCAAGGCUGCUCUCAGAAAAGUCUUCUUCAUCACAUUAGUUAGAUAA